UCCUCUGCCAGACAGCACUCACCCAUCCACCACCAUACACUCUCAGACACAUUUGCUCUCACUAUACCGACAGCUGACAACACCUUUUCAUUUCCUCAGCUGCACCACAGACCCGCAAAGUCAGAUCAAAGGAGAGGGGGAAGAAAAAAAAAAAAAACUGACUCGAUUUGUACCGAGCGCACAUAGUCGAGCAGACACACCAGCUCCGAGGCUGGGUCGAGGCUGGAGAGGGCGUCUGGAUAAUGGAAUGGGACCUCAGCAGGAUGGAAAGUGAAUUGAGGCACAUCAACCCGGACCUGCUGCAGCCCAGCAAGAGCUUCAAGAAGCCCUCCUCAGGCACCAUCACCCUCAAUGUAGGGGGGUUCCUGUACACGGCCCACCGGACCACCCUUGCCAAGCAUCAGGGGUCGUUUCUUGAGGAGGUGGCCAACGGUAAGAAGCCGGUUCAGCACACCGAUUCCAUGGGCAACCCUUUCAUUGAUAGAGAUGGUCCGGUUUUUCGCCAUGUGCUCAACUACCUCCGAACCGGAGAGCUUCAGCUGCCUGAUGACUUCCGGGAGGCGGGGCUCCUGCGACGAGAGGCCGAUUUUUAUCGCCUGACUGAACUGGUGGAGGCCGUGGUCGAGUGGGAAAGCCAGAGGGCGGCCCAGAGGGAAGCCGCCUUCCUGGAGGUGACAGAUAGCCACGAGAGGUCACAGGGCCUCAAGGUGUACUGCAGUGACCCCGCCUUCAUCGAUAAGGUCAAAGGGCGGCUGGUGCAGAUCUCCAAGAGCCGCUUGGAUGGCUUUCCGGAAGAAUUUGUGGUGUCAUCCAACGUGAUACAGUUCCGACACUUCAUCAAGUCGGAGCCUGGCUCGCGGCUCGUUCUGAAGGAGGACAGCACAUUCCUGUGCACACUUGACUGCCUGAAACUAGAGACAGUGAUGCUAGCACUCAGAUCGGGCUUCAAGCUCGUCACCUGCCUUGACAGCAGCAAAGGCUCUGUGGUGGUGGCUGAGGCCCUGCAUUUUGUCAAGUAGGAUGAAGAUGAAGAUAUAGGGGGGAAAACAGAGGGAGAAGAGAGGUAGAAGGAGAGGGGAAAGAGUAGUGCCUGGUUCCAUAUCGACCCUGUGAGGUAUUGGUUUGAAAAUGUUGUGAGACGUGAGCUGUAAUGUGUCGUUGAUAGAAGAAAAGGUGGGUAGGUCUGUCUUACAGGACAGGGUUUAAAUGUUUACUGCACAAUAGUGGCUUACAAACACAGGAUAAGUUUUUGGGUGAUAGUUCUGAGCAGAAUGGUAUUUUAGUGUCAACCUUUGCACUGCUUUGUAUUUAUAGAAUUCAAAAUGAUCCACAUCAUCUCAACAUUUAAUAUAUCUUUAACAGAAUCUGAUUAGGUAUCAUGCAAAAGUUUAAAUGACAUGAAAGCUGACUUUCAUAGGACAAACGCACCGAGCUGAGAUUUUACAAACAGCUUUAUCAGUGGAUUUGUUUCUGCACAAGAACUGCUUCUGCUGCCGUGAUGUGCACUGCUGUGCCAUUCAGCUUUUACUACAGUCUGUGCGUGUGUGAGUGUGUUUUGGCGUGCGUGCGUGUGUGUGUGCACUGCUAAAUCCCCCCGUGCGCUGUGUUUAGUUGGUUUAAUAGCUUGUGUUCAGUUUAUUAGCCUCUCUGGAGCCUGAAGGGCAAGCCACAGCUCAUUCAGGUCGAUUUGGAGGGACAAAGAACUUCACAACCAAAUGUCGAGUUGAGUUUUAAGUGCAAAGAACUGUGAUUAUUGUAAGGGCUUUGAAUCUAGCAUGAUGCAUGUGCACUAAAUAAACUGUGUGUUUGUUAGUGCUGUGAGCCUCUGUGAAGCCAGUGCCACAACAAUGCCUAUUACUUUUCAAUGUGAGU